GACGAGAAUAUACGAAGUCAAGUUAUUACAAGGGCCUGCAAGCUCUCGCUAUCAGUGUGUGUUGCUCGUGGUGGGUUCUGUAGCUUUUGGGUUUAUUCGAGACUUGGAAUGGUUGAUUCUCUAUCUUUUUAGUCUUUGUGGAUAUUGCUCUCUAUUGCUUCUUCCUCUUUUUGAGUCUUUUGGCUUCUGGAAAGAGUGAUUGGAGUAAGUGAAAAUCAUGGGUUGGAUUCCCUGUUCUGGUAAUUCCAACAGUAAAGCAAAGAAGAACAAGAAGAAAAGGAAGAACUCAAUAGAGUUGGAGGAGAGGCCAUUUGAUCAGAUCAAACCCACUUCAGAAUUAUUAAAGACGAACUCCUCUUUGAGUGUCAAAGAGUCUUCGAAAGAUGGGGAACACAUAGCAGCACAGACUUUUGUGUUCCGUGAUUUGGCAGCUGCAACUAGAAAUUUCAGAGCAGAAUGUCUUUUGGGGGAGGGUGGCUUUGGUCGAGUAUAUAAAGGACAUUUGGAAAGUAUAAAUCAGGUAGUAGCUAUCAAACAACUUGAUCGUAAUGGGUUGCAAGGGAACAGGGAAUUUCUUGUUGAAGUGUUGAUGUUAAGUCUGCUUCACCACCCUAACCUUGUUAAUCUUCUCGGUUAUUGUGCUGAUGGAGAUCAAAGGCUCCUUGUUUAUGAGUACAUGCCCUUAGGAUCUUUGGAGGAUCAUUUACAUGAUAUGUCGCCUGGUAAGAGAAGACUUGAUUGGAAUACAAGAAUGAAGAUAGCCGCUGGGUCUGCAAAGGGACUAGAGUAUUUACAUGACAAAGCAAGUCCUCCUGUGAUAUACAGAGAUUUGAAAUGCUCCAACAUAUUGCUUAAUGAAGGGUAUCAUCCCAAACUGUCUGAUUUUGGCUUAGCCAAACUUGGACCUGUUGGGGACAACACCCACGUUUCUACAAGGGUUAUGGGAACCUACGGAUAUUGUGCUCCAGAGUAUGCAAUGACAGGCCAAUUGACUCUUAAAUCAGAUGUUUAUAGCUUUGGGGUAGUACUUUUGGAAAUCAUUACUGGCAGAAGGGCAAUUGACAAUUCUAGAGCUACAGGAGAGCAGAACUUGGUUGCAUGGGCAAGACCUCUGUUCAAGGACCGGAAAAAAUUUUCACAAAUGGCAGACCCAGCGUUACAAGGUCAGUAUCCCGCAAGAGGAUUAUACCAAGCUCUGGCUGUUGCGGCAAUGUGUGUUCAGGAGCAGCCUAAUAUGCGGCCGGUUAUAGCUGAUGUUGUCACAGCUUUGACAUACCUUGCUGCACAAAAGUAUGAUCCUGAAACACAGCCUCCCCAAAGCUCCCGUCUUGCCCCUUGUACUCCCCCUAGAACCAAGCGGGACAGCGAAAGGAAGCUCAAUGGUGGUAGUGGACAUGAGCCUAGAAGAUUGAAUUACGGAUACUGUGGUUCUUGGUUGCAAGUUGUCGGGUUUCCUGUGAAUGCUGGUGACUGUUCUGAUAGAUACAAGGUAUGGGAUAAUACGUCGCCUACAUAGUUCUGAAAGCAUGUUAGCUGCAAUUCCUGUGUUGUCAUAUAUAAGGUUGUGUAUCAUCACAGAUAAAAAGUCCAAAUUCCAUCUCCUUGUGUCGCAUCAGGAAAGGAGGAAUGUUUACCUCCUCUUUCAUCUUCUUGAAUAUACAUAUAGAGCAGGAGCCUGUAUUAUCCUAGUGUGCCUUCUUACCUUGGUUUUUCAUUAAACAGCCAAGGGGUUCCCUUCAACCAUUUUUACCUUUUUCUAUUCGAGGUAUAGUUCUGGUUUGUAUUCAACUUAUUACAGUUGUGUGGAUGUGAGUUGAAAUCCUGUCAAUAUCUGCAUUUUUGUGCUAUAAAAAAGCCUGUCAAUAUUGCUUCUUGUA